GCGCUAUGCUGGAAUACAUUUUGGAACAUUUCCGUCUGAUAUAAACAAAUCAAACAAUGGACUAUCGAUUGGGACCACAAUGAUAAUCAUCUUUCACAAGAGAUCCCUGUUUUUGUUGCACCAAUAGAGGCUCUGUGCGCACAUAUUUGGGCCCACCGCUGUGUUUACCACCAUGGAACUGGAUCGAUAGUCAUUAAUUUCGUAGGAUGGAAUCUGCGCUGUCGCUCUCCACGGUCCAUCUGCACCUGAAUACAAACAGGUACGAUAACAGCAGUGGUUGCAAGAGCUGGGGCAGCCACCCGGAUGAUUCCAUCGUCACGCCAGUCAAUCAGACAUUCCCAGUUUAUGCCCGACUGUACAGCGCCCUGCUAGGUGUAUCUCUCGGCUUCCUCUCCCUCCUCACUAUCAUAAUGAACCUGCUCGUUCUUUACGCUGUGAAAAGAGAGAAGAGCUUGCACACAGUCGGUAAUCUGUAUGUCGUAAGCCUCUCGGUGGCCGAUCUCAUCGUCGGCACCACUGUGAUGCCACUCAACUUGAUGUAUCUGCUGGAGGAUGAAUGGAAGUUGGGCAGGGCUGUCUGUCAAUUUUGGCUGAUUAUGGAUUAUGUGGCGAGUACAGCAUCAAUUUUUAGCUUGUUUAUACUCUGUUUGGAUCGGUACCGGUCUGUCAGACAGCCACUGAAGUAUCUGAAGUAUCGAACGAGAGGGAAAGCAAGCAUAAUGAUAUCUGGAGCCUGGUUGCUGUCAAUGUUGUGGAUUUUCCCUAUUUUAGGAUGGAGGUUCUUCACCCAUGUAGAGCUUAAACCUGAAGAAGAAAAAAAGUGUGACACCGAUUUCCGCUUCGUCACAUGGUUUAAAGUUAUUACUGCUGUCUUCAAUUUCUAUGUACCCUCUGUUUUGAUGCUUUGGUUUUACACACACAUCUACUUGGCAGUAAGGCAACAUCUGCGAGACAGAGAGAGGAUUAUUCACCCAACAGAUUCAUUUGAGGAAAAGGACAAUCAGGAAAAUGCCCGCUCAUCGAAAAACUCCAAAUCUCCCGAAAAGGAAAGUGAGGUUCCUGUUAAACUUUUAAAAAGGCAGGUUGACCAAAAUCUUGUAGACCAGACUUAUUCUCUCGAGGAAUUCAAUAAAACCAAAAGUUCUCUUUCUAGAUCACACCGAAAAAUUGGUGCACAGUGUCCAGAACAACAUUUGCUUGAUAUGAAAACAAAAGAAUACAGAGCGACGACAAAACCAGGAAGGAACUCCUUAUCCCCUCAAGAGAAGAGUCCGGACGCUGCCGUUCCAAUAAGUCCAUCUUCCUUUCAACCAGAAAGUGUCGGUUCAGAAGGAAACCGACAAUCAUCUUUGAAAGAAUGUCACAUCACAGUGCCAAACACGGUAAGAGGCGCUUGCAAUAUCAGACAGGUGGAGAGGUCCUCGUCUCUGCUUUGCAACAAUGACGAUCCUAGCCGAUCUGUGCCCUGCUCUAAGGUGGAUGAUGACGCCGAGCUGGACCCAGCAAAGGAGGGUUCUCUGAGGCAGACAUGGCAAAGAUUUAUCGAAAACUCCCGUGAGAGACUCCACAGCCUGAGGAUUCACAAGGAGCACAAGGCGGCCAGGCAAUUGGGAUUCAUCAUUGCAGCUUUCCUGCUGUGUUGGAUACCGUACUUUAUAGCCUUCAUGGUUACGGCAUUCUGUAGAGACUGUGUGCACCACGACCUGCACAUGUUCACCAUAUGGCUCGGUUACAUCAACUCGACCCUUAACCCAUUUAUAUACCCGCUGUGCAAUAGGAAUUUUAAACAAGUCUUCAAAAAUAUUCUGCACAUAAAUUUGUGACAGUGGGGCAGUAAUUCCAGCACCAGGCCAAUGAUCAUUCACGUGGUGUAUUGUGGAUCCAGUAACCAUUUGUGCAUCUGAAACGAUUUUAAAAUUUUAAAAACACAAGUCCUAGAUUGAAACUGUCACUGUAUGAGUUAAAGAUUUAGGACAGAAAGACAACGCUAACAACUUUACAGAGCAGCAGCUCUUAUUGUAUGUUUGGGACAUUGCAGUUUGUUUCAUUUAGAUAGUGUCUAUAACUAACUAACUUGGGAUUUUGGGGUAGCCACUUUCCCUGGACUCCACUAAAUCCAGCCCUGCUAAGGAUAAGAAAAAUGCAAAUGGAGGUUGCCGAGGUUUAAGGUCAGACCUCUUUGUCUCUUUGUGGUUUCUCUGCCAUUCAUAAUUUUCAACUGAACUUUGAAGUGAAGUCAAAGCAAUGCCGCAAUUCCUGUUCCAUAACUUAAUAGAGCUUUGUUGGAUCCCUGCUGCUGCUGGCCAUGAUGCAUUUACCUGCAUGCUUUCAGAUGCCAAAUUGAUGCUCUGCACGUAUUAAAUGCAAGUCCAUCAGCCACUUGUGACCAUGAGGUUUCAGGUUUUACAGUACAUUAUGUUUUACAUGGGCCUCCU